GGUACCGGUGAGUGAUGACGUGUCGCGAUCGCCUGCCUUCUCCAUUCCCCCCCCCCGUUGUUGUCAGAAGUGUAAGACUGUUGCCUCCAUGGUUCUUCGUGCUGUUUAUAAGCUGGAGUCGGCCUCUUAGUCUUUGCCUGUUAUUAAACCCAGCCAGCGACAUAUACAUAUAUAUAUAUAUAUAUAUAUAGCUUGCGUUGGGAGGAAAGCUAGAGUCUGAGGUAGGAAGGUUUUGCGAGUGACCGAACAAUCGCAGGAAGUCGCUUCAGUGGCCGCCAUUUUCACUCAACUUUUAAUCCGACGACGAGCUGUAUUUAUUAUCUGGAGGUAGGCCAGUGACUCUCCUCUUUCCCCGGACCCACCCCCUCCUUUGCUUCUCAACAAUUACUUUGGAAGAAUUAGACGUUUUUUGGCAUUGCAUGGUGACCGCCUCCUUCGUUGAACGUCGCACCUCAGAUGCUGAGUUCGGGAUUUUAGCCAGAAGUCGUAAGCGGAGGAAGAGGCGGCGGCGGCGAGUCCCCAUGCACCCGUUACCCCUACCCCGACCACCGCCAGGCCCUCCGCCCGUCAAUGCAGCCUCAAAGACCGUCGUUGUGAGCCGCCACCGUCACCCGCACUCCAGCCAGCAGCAGCAUCAUCAUCAGCAAUAUCCCCAACAGCAUCCCGGCAAAGCUGCCGCGGUGAGUCGAGCCUGGAAGAUUCGCUGCUCUUCCUCCGCCGCGCUGCUGCAGAGACACUCUCACGGGCGGCCGGUUUCCCGAGGCGGUGGGGCUGGAGGGCCCGCACCAGCCUCCGGGAUCGAGAAAACGACACCAGCCAGUGGCGGCUGCUUGACCGCGGAAGAGCGCAAGAAGGAAGUAAAGGUGACCAAAUCCAACAUGGGAAGAUCGGAUAAAGCAAUAAUUCCACACACACAAUUCAUAUAUAGUGUAAAUAAAACAGAAGAGUAUUGCCAACCUUUAAAUGCCAAGAAAAGAAACAGACGUAGCCUACAGUUGAGAAAAACUUCAAUAAAGAGGAAUGAAAACAGCCAUAAUCAGAAUGCUCCUUCUGUUGAACACUGCAAUACUGUCAAAAAAGAUGGAGAAAAACCGAUUGUUUCUGCACACCACUCAAAGAAUCUAAAAUUACUGAAAGUUGGACUGAAGUCUGUGCUGAGCCUUCAAGGAGAUCAAAACUAUGCUGGGCCAAAGUUUAGUGAGCCACCAUCACCCAGUGUUCUACCUAAACCGCCCAGUCAUUGGGUAGGAGCACAUGCUGAGUAUCCUGAUGAGAGUAAGGAAAUAAUGACUGUCCACUUAAAAACUUUACUCAAGGUUAAUGUGUAAUUCAAGAGUAGUUCAGGUUAACUUAAACAUUGUACUAGACGAAAAAAUUAAGAAUGUUUCUGUCAGGAUUGGACUUGUUGCAGCAGAAAGUCCUGCAUUUUAGACAAUUGUAACUUCCUCCUUGUGAUUGUGGGAUAACCGUAUGCAAGUGGUGCUAGUAAUGAAGUGGAAUUCUGUAUAUUAGUGUAAACCAUGUAAUUAUUUGUAUAUUUUCGUAUACUCAAUUUGAAAGAAAGGAAUUAUAAUUUCAUACGAGAAUUUGUUGCCCUAUGCCAGUUGGUGGGCAGAGUUAAAUUUUUAUAUUUUGUAUAUAAAUGGGAAAACUGAAGUUAAAGGCUCAAGCAUUGCAAGUUAUUCACUGAAUGCAAAAACUAACAGCUGAAGAGUUGUGUACUCCCUUGUAAAGAUGUUUGACAAUCUGCAAUAUGUUCUUGACCGUGAAAUAGACUAUGGGCGAAAGAUAGAAUGAUUCAAGCACUGCUUUUAUCUGCACUACUGAAGGAUACUACGUACCAUCAGCAAGAUGCACUUUCAUCUUACUGGGUGUUUUAAUAUGUAAUGUGAAGAUUUUUUUAAAAAUUUCCACCAAAUUCAUCUAUAACGCCUUGGCUGGAGGAGGAGCAUAGUUUUUGGUCUUUGGUAAACACCGUACCUCCUGGUUAACAGACAAGUUUUGUGGAUCCUCUAAAUGUUGAUCUCUCAACAGUUGACAAACUUUUAAGCUUUUUGAUAACUUCCCUCAUCAAUUUUCCCAAUCAUUGCAGCAGAUUGAAAUAAUGAGCUGUGUGUUACAUACUUGUCAGCUGAUCUAAAUUUCUGACACUUCCACUUUGGAAGGUGGGAAAAUUCUUAGUAUUUCUGAUCCUGCUUUCUGAUUGUAUCGUUGUACUGUGGCAAGUAUUGUCUGUUUCAUUGUGGGUAUUUUACUGGAUUUCUAAGGUGACUGGAUGAUUGACUAAAUGAACCUGCACUGAACCAAGAUGCACACAGGGCCAAUGAGACUUCCCUUCUAGUGAAAAUUGCAAUUUAUAGUAUAGCUAAAUCAUAUUCUGCACAACAAGAGUGUUGACGCUUACAUGUGUUUAUUGGUUUUUAUGUAAAAAAAUUCCUGCAUGCUGCCUUUCAUUUCACUCUCCCAAAACCUUUUAUCUUGAUGAUAGAGUCUGUGAACUCAUGCCACUUAGUCUAUUAGUUAAUUGCAGUUAAUAUAUUGCAGGUAGUGAUUCAUCCAGUUGUGAUUUGGCUAUUAAGUUCAAAAGACCCCUUAGUAUGUUUGCACAUGUACUCCAAAUAGCUACCAUUUACAUUUUUGUAAUUUUUGUUUUUAAAUGCUAAAAUCCUGUCCUUACAACCAUUUUAGCUAUUGGUGUAUCUCCACUACAAUGCAAGUUCUCGCAGCUCAGUUAGAAACAAAAUAUGAUGAUGUUUACUCUUCUCAUUUGAGGAAAUUUAUUGAUCCUGUGGUGUCAUUUUGGGUGCAAUGUAUUGUGUGGACUACACAAAUAGCUGGCUCACCAGCUUCUGUACUAUAACAGAUACCUGAAAAGAAUGUGUCAUGUAGUCAAGUGAUUUAUAUACCUUUUUUGAAACAUCUCAUGUCCAGUGCUAAUACAUAACUGGAAAUGGUAAUUUUACCUAAUGUUAAAUGAGUAAACUCAAAAGCUGAACAUUUUAUCCCUGUUCAAGUCAUUGGCAAAUAAUUAAUGACUUUUUUUUUAAAAAUGCGUUGUUAAAUGAGAAGCUAGUAUUUUCCAGAAGAAAUGUUAUCGUCCUUGAUGUAAAGAUAUUUUGCUGCAACACUUGAUAUCUGUUCCUCUUGAACUGUUCUUAUAAAUUGGCAAAUUUCAAAAUCAAAAAUAAAAUUUAAUUGGUCUCCCUGCUAAUUGCAAUUGUUUA